AUGGCAACAAGGGAUUACGGAGGAUGUUUUCCUGGUCUAGACGAUAUCUUGUUGGAUGGGAAUAAAUAUGUGUGUAAGCUAGAGCCUAAAUGGGUGAAGAAAGCCAAGGAGGAGUUACAUGAAGAUCCCAAGGAACGAGACGCAGCUGUGGAUCAGUUUAGACAGUGGAUAAAACAGCAACCACAUUAUUCUGUCUGCACAGAUACGAAUUUUCUGCUGCAAUUCCUGAGAAGGUGCAAGUUCAGUCAGCUUGAAGCUAGGACGAUGUUUGAUAUCUUCCACAGCAAGAUCUACAAUCUAAUCCCCUCUUGGAUGUGUAACAUUGACACCAAGACUUCUGCAAUGAAGAAGCUAUUCAGAGAUAUGCCAAUGGUUCUACUGCCAGACAGAGACAGUGAGGGGCGCAGGAUAAUUCUAUGGAGAGCGGGUGGUUACCAGACCGGAAAGGAUUGUGGGUACACAAAUGAAGACCUUUUUGGUUAUGUUGGAUGUUUGUUCAUGUGUAUGAUGAGAGAAGAGGUGACUCAGGUUAAUGGAGUUGUAAUUCUUCAAGAUGGAACUGGACAAACCUUGAAGCAUACUACUUUCUUUGGAAUUGAAAACGUGAAAAAUGGGCCUGGGCUAUUCUACAACAAUUUUCCCGCCCGUAUCAAGGAUGUAUUCAUGUACAACAUGGGGACCGUCAUGGAGGCGUUUAUGGCCAUCAUUUGGCCUUUCAUAUCAAAUAAAAUAAAGGAAAGGUUCAGCUACUAUUCUAAUUUAGAGGAACUUUAUAAGAAGAUGCCUAUGGAGUUAUUUCCAAAGGAGUACCUACCAGAUGACUACACAGGUCCUCAUGCUGGGACUCUCAGCCAGAUAUCUACCUACUGGUAUGAGCGCGUGACGUCACCAGAGCUUCACAAAAGAAUCAAGACAUUGAGCACUGAACAGUUCAAAGUUGACGAGAAGAAACGACCGAAAAAAGGACAAGACGAAGUUGCAAGCUUCAGAAAACUCAACAUUGACUAAAAUAUGUUUGAAUUAAACACGCUGCAUGCAAUCGGCAAUCUAACGUAAUGGAAAUCCAUGCCCAUCAAUCCCUGUUGAUCAUCAAAGUUAUUAUCAAACAUUUUAUUGAAUAAAAUAUUGGCCAAAAAAUUGGUCCAUGAAAAUUACAUGCGGGCCAAGAAUAAAUUGGGUUGAUGGUUGGGUUGAGAAUUAUCUAACCAGAGACAUUUAAACAUCUUUUUGACGUAUCUAACUAGUGCUCUUUUCACGCAAGGUUAAUGUCUGAAGGACACGGCUGCAUUCUAGCUGACACACUAUUUGCUUGCUUCACGUUGAUCUAAUAUUAUGAUUGUUUACAUUAACAUAUUCAUUUCUUAUGAGGGAAAAAGAUUGAAUAAAAUUAGUUUAUUAGUUUUAAAGCAAAA